UCCCGCCUGUGGCCCGCAGCCCCAGGGAGCCCGUGGGUUCUCGGCGGGUGUGCUGGGUGUCCCCCGCCCCGUGCACGGUUCUGCGUGUCCCGACGUGAGCGAGCAGUGGCCAUGGGCACACGCGGGCCCUAUGCGCUGGUGGACACCACGCCGGCCAAGACCAUCUUGGUGUACCGCAACGGGGACCAGUUCUACGUGGGCCGCAAGUUUGUGUUCUCGCGGCGCCGCGUCGCCAACUUCGAGGCUCUGCUGGAGCAGUUGACGGAGCAGGUGGACGUGCCCUUCGGCGUGCGGAGGCUCUACACGCCCACGCGCGGCCACCAGGUGCUAGAGCUGGACGCGUUGCAGGCCGGUGGCAAGUACGUGGCUGCGGGCCGCGAGCGCUUCAAGAAACUGGACUAUAUUCAUAUAGUUCCCAGAAAACCUUCAAAGAUGAAAAAGUUGAAGGAAAUCAAGCCGGUGGUACAUUGUGAUAUCAACGUGCCUUCCAGGUGGCAGACACAGAGCAGGACAUCCCGGUACAUAAAUGUUUUCACAAAUGGAAGAAUAUUCAUCCCACCUAUAAAAAUUAUUAUACCCAAAUUCAGCCUGUCAGAUUGGAAUAGUGUGCUGGCCAUCAUUGGAGAAAAAGUCUUCCCUCUGGGAGGCGUUCGAAAAUUGUUUACGAUGGAUGGGCAUCUUUUGGACAACUCAAAGGAUUUGCAAGACAAUUAUUUUUAUGUUGCUGCAGGACUGGAGACUUUCAAAUCUCUUCCUUACUGGAAGUCCCCACGGGUCCCCAGUGAGGUCCAGCAGAGGUUUGGAGGCAAUGAUAACUACAUACAAACAAAGAAAAAAGUGGAGUUCAAAAGAAAAGAGCCUCUCAAAAGUGACAGUGUGCUACCUAAAAUCCAGGAUUCUGUUUAUUAUGCCAAAGAGAAAAAGAAGACACCCCUGGGACCUUUAGUUCAAAGUGGUGCAGAAGGUGACGUGUAUAAAGCACAGACUCCCGCUAAGGAGGCCCAAGAAGCACUGGAAGUCAAGGAGGACCCAGAGGUGAAGGUGGAGAUGCCGGUUGACCAGGUACCAGCUGAAAUUGUUAAAGAAAUUGAUGAGAUAGGCAACAACAACCUGGAACUGGAAAGUGGUGUGGAAAAGGAAGUGGAGAGGCUUUAUGAAGAUAUUGACAGAAAGAGAACAUGGGACAUGCAUGGAGAUGUGAAGGGAGACCAUUCACGAAUGUCUUUUAAGAAAAGGUUUCCCUUAAGACACUACAGAAAGAGAAAAGAAAAGAGGUUUACAGAGUGGACCCCUCAGAUAUUAAGACACGAAGGUGGCAUUUGUACCCAGUUGGAGGAGAAGUGUGACCUCUUGGUUUCCAGAAACGAACCCACUUGUCAUGUCAAGUAUAAAACGAUGAUUAGGACCACAUCAUGGUGCAAAGGAGAGCAAGUCCCGAGUCUGCAUCCCAAAGACCUGGUAGCAGCCCUGGACCUGCUGUCGAGGGACUGUGCCAGCACAGGCCAGGUGCAGGGGCCCCAUGUCUUCAUCGCAUCUCUCAAGAACCUCCGCAAGAAUAAAGAGGUGGUUCCGACUUCUGAAAAAGAACAACAUGACAUUAUAGAAGAAAAAAACAUACCCGCACUGCCAGAAACCCACGUAGAAGCAGAAAUUCAAAGAGAGCCAUCAAUGGAACAAGAAUUACAAGAGUCAUCAUCAACACAGGACCAAAGACCUAAGCAACAGGAAUCUCCUGGACAGUCAUCCUUGAGACCAUCAUCACCAGAGCAACAAUGUGAAGGACAAGAGGUAUCUACACAGUCAUCCUUGGGACCACCAUCCCCAAAGCAACAACAUGAACAACAAGAGGUAUCUGGACAGUCAACCUUGAGACAACCAUCCCCAGAGCAACAACUAGAACAAGAGGUAUCUGGACAGUCAGCCUUGAGACUAUCAUCCCCAGAGCAACAACUAGAACAAGAGGUAUCUGGACAGUCACCCUUGGGACCACCAUCCCCAGAGCAACAACUAGAACAAGAGGUAUCUGGACAGUCACCCUUGGGACCACCAUCACCAGAGCAACAACUUGAACAAGAGGUAUCUGGACAGUCACCCUUGGGACCACCAUCCCCAGAGCAACAACUAGAACAAGAGGUAUCUGGACACUCACCCUUGGGACCACCAUCCCCAGAGCAACAACUUGAACAACAAGAGGUAUCUAGACAGUCAUCCUUGAGACCAUCAUCACCAGAGCAACAACUAGAACAAGAGGUAUCUGGACAGUCAGCCUUGGGACCACCAUCCCCAGAGCAACAGCUUGAACAAGAGUCCUCUAAAGAGUCAUCCUUGGGACCAUUUUUAGAGCAACAACCUGCACAGUGAGAAUCUUCUAAAUAGACAUCUUUUGGACUACCAUUCCAAGAAUAUCCACCCAAGCAAUGGGAACCCCAUUGACAGUCAUCCUUGAGAUAGCAAUCUCAGAAAGAGGUGACUCUGGGACAAUGCAGGAGACAAAUGCCAUGAUAAGAAAAUGUCAGCCAUGUUGUGAAGAGCAACAGUCAGGAACUGGACAGGACCACAGGCAAAUGAAAAUAAAAUGACACAGUUUAUUUUCAUAUUAUGCUGAGGUAUGCCAGGACGGUACUACAGUUAUGAACCUCAUAUUUUGAAGGACAGACUUAAAGCUUAAAAGAUGAGUAAAGAUUAAAUUCGUCUGGAAUCUC